AUGAACUUUGAAGACUACUUCUCGGUUCAAAUCUUCUUUAUAAUCCUCCGAGAAACGUUGGAGACCGCUAUAGUGAUUUCGGUUCUUCUUUCGUUCAUCAAUCAAAGAAGCCAAGAAGCAAAUGACCGAGGAAAUUCUGCUAAUGAAGCUGCUCAUACUCGAGGAUUGCGGGUCCAGGUAUGGGCCGGGGCCUUAAUGGGAUUUGUUGUGUGUUUUGCCAUCGGAGUGGCAUUUGUGGUUGCAUUUUAUGUCAUUGGAGAGAACUACUGGCUGUAUGCUGAAAGACUCUGGGAGGGUAUUUUCUCGCUUCUUUCGAGUAUAAUAAUCACAGUGAUGGGUAUCGGAUUGCUACGUAUAAACCGCGUGAUGAAAGUUAAGUGGUUUGCUAAGUUGGGUGAUGCCUUUGAUCUGCAUUCGCACGGUAGAGGCCAUAAAAAGAAGUACUUUCUUGCAUUAUUACCAUUUAUAACCACACUCAGAGAAGGCUUGGAGGCCGUGGUAUUCGUGGGUGGAAUUGGUCUUUCGCUGCCAGUUUCUUCCAUCCCAUUUUCCAUUCUCAGUGGAAUCUGUGUGGGAUCCACAAUCGGUUACACUUUGUACAAAGGAGGCAACAAGCUUUCUCUCCAAUACUUCCUCAUCUUGCUGACCUGCUUUUUGUACAUAGUUCUGGCAGGGCUUAUGAGUAGAGGAGUAUGGUUUUUGGAACUCGAGCUGUAUGUGAGAAAAUGUGGAGGACUCGACGUUAGCGAAACAGGUAGUGGACCUGGAUCUUAUGAUCCUGCUACAAGCGUGUGGCAUGUCAAUUGCUGUAACGGACUCACAGAUGGCUGGUGGAUGGUUUUAAAUGCUCUUGUUGGCUGGACCAAUUCCGCAACUUAUGGCAGCGUAGGUGCUUAUUGUGCCUAUUGGAUAUUGGUCAUUUCAUGGCUUGAGAUCCGCUUGUACGAAGAGCAUCAUGGACUCUUACCCUUUGUUCCUGUGCGUUGGCAGUUGAAGCGUAUCAGAAAAAAAAUCAAAUUAUACGAAGCCCGGGCCAAACAUGGCGCUGCAAUAGAGGCUGAAACAGAGGCAGAAUUACUCAUGGAAUAA